UAAGUCUCCUAAUGAAGAAGAGGUCUCAGAUUGAAUGGCGGGAAAUCUACCUGGGCUGUAAACACAGAUAUUUCUGAUUGGAAAAUACUAUUUUGCCUGGACGUAAAAAAUAAAGCUAUAGAAAGUUGAAAAUGGAUGCAGCAGAGGCAGAAUUUAUUGCAGAAAAAGAAAUAAUAACAAUCAUUCCAAAUUUUAAAGGAAGCAAGUUGUUUCUUCUUAGUUGUGAUAUAGGACCAUUCAAACCUGGCAUACCAACAAAUGUACCUGUUUGGGUAGCAAUGAAUUUAAAGCAAAGACAAAAGUGCAGGCUUUCUCCUCCAGAUUGGUUAAGUGUUGAGCGAUUAUCAGAAUUUAAAGAUGAGGAAAGUGUGUCAGAUGUUUUCAUAAAGCCUCCCUGUUCUUGUUAUAUGGAAUUGGCGUCCAUGCUCUUAGGCAGUUGUUCAGAUGACAUCCCACAAGCUGAUACUGUAAAAACACUUAUAAAAGAUGUUUGGGACAUUCGAACUGCCAAACUGAGGAAAUCAAUAGAUCAAAUGAUUUCAAAGCAAGAAAGACAUGCACAGAUUGACAACUUGACAAUCAUGGAGAUCAAUACAAUUAGGAGUAUACUAACAAAUGCAUUAGAUCACAUGCAUAAUCUUCGCUGCUAUGUUGCUCAGCUACCUGAUACCUGAUAUGCAUGACAGCAAAAUUUUCACAACAUUGAUGCCAUGAAAAGGAUAAUGCCAAGGCACUAGAAAUGUAUUUUCCAUGUACUUUGAUUACAUGUUUUAGCUAUUAUCAGUCUUAAAUUUUGUGUAAAUAUGAUCAACAUUUUGUUUUUAUGGCCUCAACUCUUCAAAUACUUACAAUAGUCUUAAUUCUUUUGUGUUUAGAACAUUAUCAAAUGAUAUUGGUUAACUAUUUUAGUCUGUUUAGAAAUUGUAUUCAAUUUACAUUACAUCAAAACAUAUUUGAAGAUUAUUUUAGAAAUUAUGACAAACAUUUUGUGAUAUUUAUACAAUAUGUGUAAAAACCAUUGGUUAAUUGGCAGAGGAAAACUUUUAAAAAAUAAAUUUAAUAAGUACCAGAAAUUUUUGCCCAAAUUCAGAAACCAUACAAUAUUUUUUGUUGAAGGGAGUACCAUAAAUAAAUCAGCUCAGAAAGUUUUUUAUUUACCUGACCUUAUUUUCUGGAUAGUUCUGAACUGCUAUACAUUUUUCUAAUUUGAAAUCCUUCUGUUUUUCAGCUGAUUUUCUCAUUAAUUUUUCCACAAUGUAAAAUUGAUUAUCUCUAUAAUAACUGAACUAGCUCCAGACCUUGAAUAAACAUUUAUUUCAAAACUACAAAAAUUUUCCUGUAGUUAGUUGCAUUUAUAUGGUACCUAAAUAAAGUAUCCAUUUUAUAUGGUAAAGCAGUGUUCAAAACUUAAUUCAAAAUUAAAUCAAAAUUAAUAUCUUAAUAAUAACAACAAAAGAAAUGAACGCUAUUAUAAAUCCUCAGUCCAGUUAGAAAAACUUGCAAUAAUAUGUUUAAAACCUAUUUUGCAGGCACUUUAACAAUAUUGGGAUCCAAUGUAAAACAAAUGAUCUUUAAAGCAAAAAGAAAAAUUAAACAAAUAACUAAAUUAGAUGAUUUAGUUUUACUUUUUUACAUUUUUUUAAAUAAACAUUUAGUCUGCUGCUGAUGAUUAAGUCAAUUUCUGAUGAUUAGGAGAGUUCAGUGUAAUGAUGUCACAUAAAUGCCAACUUGAGGCACAAACAUGCAAGUUUAAGAGUAAAAGAUUGAAUUGGGGGAAACAUGCUGAAUGAUACUAUGUUAUGUCUUUUGUUUCUGCCUUUUUAUGGCAUGUUGAUACUCCUGAAGAUUUUGAGUUUUUGGGGCUUCAGAAUUUUUGUUCAGAAAAGCCGAGAACAAAAGAGUAUGAAAUUGCAAUUUUUGAUAUAGCACUUUGUCUUAAUGUUGUUUUUGGUUUUAUUUCUGUGAAAGAGUCAGUUGCUUAAUAUCAAACAAGCAGAGAUCCAUGUGUGAACCCAAUCUAGUUAGUUCCGAGUCUAGUUAAUGUAAUCCUUAUGUCUAUUGCUAGUAAAUGACCAAUUCAUAAACCAGAUUGCGCUAUUCCUGACAUUUUGCCUUUCUUUGGGAGUCAAUCUUCUACCGCCGUUUGUCAACUCAAACAAACAAUCUUAUCAUAAUUACUCAAAAUCAAGUUCUUCGAUUAAAUUUUUUAAUGAUUUAUUUUCCCAUCAGCGCCCUGGGUCAUCUUCCCACUUUAUAUAGGUUGCCACUUUGAUCUUUGCGCGACAAUGCUGCCGUGAAAGGUUUUAGUGCGUAGGUUUUGAAGAAUCAGGGGGCAGCAAGAGGGGGAAGAGGGCCCAAAACCAAAGCGGUCCAAUAUUCUAGAGGGCCACAAACCAAAAUGUUGCAGAUCGUACCGAGUUCUAAAAUGUGCGCAAGUUGCCUCUUAACCCUCUCUCCCAUGAUUGCGUUGGUUUGUACAUGUUUGUGCGUUAUCUCUGUGCGUUAUUUUUAAUAAAGUCAUUUCUAUAUAUUGGUAAAAAAAUGCUGCCCCUACCCCAUGUCAAAGUCCUAAACACCCAAUGUGAAGACUCGCGAUGUGCCCAAAUUAUAAGUUGUUGUUAUAAUGCUAAUUUAUUUGACAGAUUUACCGAGAAAUAACAAAUUCAUUAUCAGAAACAACUAAUCUUGUUUAAUGAUAAAUAUCAAUAUUAUUGCCAACAUCUUUAUGAAUUCAAAAAUGAUUCUACAAUGGGUGAUCUCGUUGAAGCAAUGUGAAAGAACUAAUCUUACUGUUAUAAGUUCCUUGAAGUUUUUCAAUUCCUUGGACGAUAUCGUGAAAACACAAUUCUACAAUCUUUGCAU